AUGUCGGGCACAACGAUUGACGAUGUCGUGAAGCGAUUGAGCACUCCGGAAACGGAGCGGCUAAUGGACGCGAAUACAGAGACGAAGAUCAAGGUUGAAGCUGCUACAACGCUUCGCGACAGUCUAGACCACUACACGGCCGGUCCUAUCUAUGCGCCGUUUCUCAAGAAGCUAAUGCCCAUCUUCAUCAACAUUCUCAAAGGACCAUGCAUCUUCCAAAGCAACUCUCCAGAGCAGAAACUCCGAAACUGUAUACUGGAGGUUCUCCACCGUCUACCAACACAUCCCUCUCCAACCGAGCCUUUCGAGCCCUUCGCCGAAGAGAUCGUCGACCUUUUGAUGCAUCUCGUACGAACAGAUAACGAGGAGAACGCGACAUUGUGCGUCAAAAUCAUAUCGGAUAUCAUGCGCCACCAACACAAGGUGCUGGCUCAGAAAGUUCAGCCAUUCCUGACCCUCAUUCAAGAGCUGUUUGAGCAGAUGGAGAAGGUCGUGCGGGAGCAGCUGACCAAUUACCAGCAGAAUCGACUGCUCCUGAAGGGCAUGUCCUCGUUCAAGGUGUUAUCAGAAUGCCCGAUCAUUGUGGUUUCGAUCUUCCAGGUCUACAGAAAUACGGUCGGAUCCAACGUCAAGCUCUUCGUGCCCCUGAUCAAGGGUGUUCUAUGCCUGCAAGCUAGCGCCCAACGACAAGCACACGCUGAUGCGAAGGCCAAAGGUCAAAUAUUCACAGGUGUCAGCCCCCUGAUCAAGAAUAGGGCAGCGUUUGGAGAGUUUAUCACUGCUCAGGUCAAGACCAUGAGCUUCCUGGCCUACCUUCUGCGGCAAUACUCGCAACAACUGCAAGACUUCCUUCCGACCUUGCCGGAAAUUGUUGUCAGACUGCUGAAGGACUGUCCACGGGAGAAAUCGAGCACGCGCAAGGAGCUUUUGGUGGCCAUCCGCCACAUCAUCAACUUCAACUUCCGCAAAAUCUUUCUCUCCAAGAUUGACGAGCUUCUUGACGAGAAGACAUUGAUCGGCGACGGCUUGACAGUAUACGAGACGAUGAGGCCGCUUGCUUAUAGCAUGCUGGCUGAUCUCAUCCAUCACGUGCGGGACCAGCUCAGCCCAGAGCAGAUUCGGAAGACAGUCGAGGUGUAUACCAAGAAUCUCCAGGAUAAUUUCCCCGGCACGAGCUUCCAGACCAUGAGCGCCAAGCUCCUCCUCAACAUGGCGGAGUGCAUCGCGAAGAUGCAAGACAAGGUUGACGCUCGACACUAUCUUAUGAUGAUUUUGAGUGCCAUUGGAGACAAAUUCAAGGCCAUGAACACGCAGUACCCCAAUGCGGUGAAGCUGUCCAAGUUGUACAAGCAACAGGCUGCUGAGGGAACUGCCGACAGCUACCUUGCUGACAAGGAACACCCGCCUGACUGGGAUGAGACUGAUAUCUUCACGGCAAUGCCCAUCAAGCCCACGAACCCGAGAGACAGAGGUCUGGAUCCUGUCGCCGACAAUAAGUUCUUGUUUAAGAACCUCAUGAACGGUCUGAAGAACACUUUUUACCAGCUUCGCACAUGCAAUGCCGGCACCAACGUGAACCUUCAGAAUGCCCCGGCGCAAUGGCAAGAGGUGGCUUAUGGUUUCACGGCGGAAGAGGUCAAGGUUAUUGUCAAACUCUUCAGGGAAGGUGCCUAUGUCUUCCGCUACUACGAAAUUGAGAAGCCUGCUAGUGAAUCUCAGUACAUGUCUCCCGUGGAGUACAUGGCCAACUUCUACAUGGUCUCGAGCAGUAAGGAGGAGAAAGACCUGUUGGAAACAUUCGCUACAGUGUUUCACUGUAUCGAUCCUGCGACAUUUCAUGAAGUCUUUCAGCAGGAGAUCCCUCAUCUGUACGACAUGAUCUUCGAGCACACUGCCCUGCUGCACAUACCGCAGUUCUUCCUUGCCAGCGAAGCUACGUCGCCCAGCUUCUGUGGCAUGCUGCUGCGAUUCCUGAUGGACAGGAUUGAUCAGGUUGGGUCGGCAGACGUGAAGCGAUCGUCCAUCCUGCUCCGGCUUUUCAAACUAGCCUUUAUGGCAGUCACUCUCUUCGCCAACCAGAACGAGCAGGUCUUGCUUCCGCAUGUGGUGGACAUUGUGACAAAGUCUAUCGAUUUGUCUACCCGGGCAGAGGAGCCUAUGAACUACUUCCUGCUCCUGCGCUCCCUUUUCCGAAGCAUUGGCGGAGGCAAGUUUGAGCAUCUCUAUAAGCAGAUUCUCCCACUCCUCGAGAUGCUCUUGGACGUACUCAACACAUUGCUCAUGGCUGCGCGCAAGCAAACCGAGCGCGAUCUCUACGUUGAGCUGUGCUUGACCGUUCCUGCUCGAUUGAGCAACCUUCUGCCACAUCUCAGCUUCCUCAUGCGACCAUUGGUCGUUGCAUUGCGCGCGGGAACUGACUUGGUAGGUCAAGGACUCCGAACCUUGGAGCUGUGCGUCGACAACCUAACGGCCGACUACCUGGACCCCAUUAUGGCACCAGUCAUUGAUGAGCUCAUGACGGCAUUGUUCGACCACCUUCGUCCGCAUCCCUAUAGCCACUUUCAUGCGCACACGACAAUGCGUAUUUUAGGAAAGCUCGGUGGCCGAAAUCGAAAGUAUAUUACCGGUCCUCAGCCGCUGAGCUUCGAGGACUUCGCCGACGAUGCGACUAGCUUUGAUCUGAGGCUUGUGGGCUCAAAGAAAGACAGAGCUUUUCCAGCGGAGUUGGGCGUUGAUUUGUCCAUCCGCAAGCUGAUGGAAGUGCCCAAACCCAGCAAAGCCAAUCAAUCCCGUCACUUCGAUGGCUACUACAAGAAGCAGUCCUUCCACUUCAUCAAGUCCCAAUUGAAGCUUAGGAUAGGUUUUGACAACCUCCCGGAUGACCUGCCAAGACUUCUCCGCCUGCAGGCGCAAGACCUUCUGUCCAGAAAAAUCGAAGUCGACCUGUCGGCAUUCGAUGCUUCCGACAGGGAUCGUUCUAUCGCCAAGAAGGAUCAACAGGAUGAGCUUGUGAGGCGUCUGCUGAAGGCAGUCAUGUUCGCUGAGUCUCUUCCAGAAUUUAAGGAUGAGGCGGCGUCUUUUCUCAUAAAUGUUGCAAGGCACUUCACUAUUGUCGACAUCGGGCGGUCGGUGGUCGAUGUCAAGCACACCUACAGCCAAUUUAACCCCACUGCUGGCGAGGGCCCCCUAUACAUCGAUACCAGGGUCUUUUCUGACGCCAUCGUCGAGUCACUAUCGUCCGAACACCCUGAUGUGCGAGAUUCUGCGCGGAGAGUCAUCCGCGAGAUCUACAUUACGGCAUCGACAAUCUUUGGCUCAGCACAAUCGGCCGCCCGCCUACCGUUCUUCGGCAAUCUCAGCACGACAUUUUGCCAUGCCUGCUACGAAGAAGAAUGGUUUACGAAAGCCGGCGGCACCCUCGGCGUCAAUUUCCUUCUCACAGAAUUGGAGCUGGGCGAUCAGUGGGCGAUCAGCAAGCAGACAGACUUCAUCAGGGCGCUCAUGUAUGUCGUCAAGGACAUGCCCCAGGACUUGCCAGAGAAGACAAGAUCAUCUGCCCAGCUCACACUUGAGAUUCUCCUGAAGAAAGUUACCAAGAACGCCAAGAAGGAAGACGCUUUGCCAUCAACUACACCCGGUCAAGCUCCGCAGCGGCACCGACUGGCUCAGAUUUGCAUGCAUUUCAAUAACGAGCUUGCGCAUAUGAAUCGUCAUGUGCGCGAGACGGCGAAGAGAUCACUGGAGCUGAUCGCCAAGGCAGCCAGUUGUGAGGUUUGGGAAUUGAUCGAGCCGUACAAGGAGCGCUUCCUCCAACCGAUCUAUUCCAAGCCCCUGCGUGCUCUGCCGUUCCCUGCCACUAUUGAUGCCGCCAACGACGCCCUCAAGUCCGUACUACAACAGACCAACAAGCUGCCCAAGGAUCUCCUUCAGGGGGGACUGCGGCCUGUUCUCGCCAGCCUUCAAGAUCCUAAGAAGCUGACAUCCCAUGGUCUGGAUAAUUUGGCUCGUCUCUUGAAGCUUCUUACAACAUACUUUAAAGUCGAGAUAGGAAGUCGCCUUCUCGACCACGUCAAGAUUCUAGCGGAUCCGAACGUGUUGCAAGCAAUCUCCUUCACCUACUUUGAGCAGCAUUCUCAGAUGAAGGUUGUCUCUGCGGUUUUCAACAUUUUUCACCUCCUCCCUCCCGCUGCUGAGACCUUCAAGGAACGUCUGAUCGAUCUUGUGCUCGACCUCGAAGAGAAGUUGCGCCGCACUCAUGUCAGCCCUUUCCGACCUCCUCUCUACAAGUAUCUCAACCGCUACCCGGCAGAAAUGUGGGCUUUCUUGAUGCCGAAGAUAGGCGAAGUCAAAUACGGUCGAUUCCUGGCUCAGGUUCUCUCCCAUCCCGACAGUGGACCCCUUCGAAAGGAAGCCGUGUCCGGCGUGGAUAACCUGGUCAAGGCCUGCAACGAGAUUGUCACGCAAGACAAGGAGACAAAGUUUGUGGCGAUCAUCAACACGAUCCAUGUUCUUGACUCUCUGGGUCAGUGGCCCGCGUGCGACGCUUGGAUGGACAAGAAGGAAAUCUUGACAUGGAUGAAGCAAGUGGGCAAAGAGCUCGAGGCACAGCUGCGCAAAUACACACUGGCAGCUAACCUCCGAAUGCCGGCUGCUCAAGCUUCGGAGCAACUCAUGAACAUUCUUCUCAAGUCUCUUGAGAGAAAUCCGAAGGAUUUGGAGUCACUGUUCAGCAUCGUCGAAGCGGUCACAUCCGAGGAUUUCCGAGACCCUCAACCCCUCAUCGCUUAUGUGUACAAAAACAUCAUCAACAACGAUUCUGUGGAGAUUGGCGUCGCGGCAAUUUUGAAGUGUUUGGAGGCCUACUCUUCCCGCAAUGUUUCUCAGAAGAUGAAGUGCUUCUUGCUGCACAACAUUGUCAACCCCACCAUUGCAAUGGAUGUUCAGCGGCAUUGGAACUCCACACAACAGGGCCAGCCGCGCUUGAUAGACCGAGCUGUCAUUGAUGCUGUAGUGGCAAAGGUCUGGAAGUCAAACCAAGACACCAGCCAACAGGAUCACGACGAUCUCGCUCAACCCGGCAUCGAUCACACCAAGUUCGAAGUCCUUCAACUGUCCGCACUGCUCUUGAAGUACCACUACCAGACGAUCCAGGAGACCAGGAAGGAUAUCAUCAAGAGCUGCUGGACCUUUAUCCGCCUCGAUGAUGUCAUCAAUAAGCAUGCAGCUUAUGUGGUCAUUGGGUACUUCAUUGCGCUCUACGAUACGCCCAUCAAGAUCGUUACUCAGGUCUAUCUUUCGCUGUUGAAGGCCAACCAGAACGAGGGCCGGGCCCUGGUGACACAAGCCUUGGAGCUCGUGGCGCCUGUGCUCCCCAAGCGACUCAACACUCCGCAGAACGACCGAAACGCGGCUUGGGCUAUUGCACCGAGAAGAGUGCUGGCCGACGAAGGCCAGAACGCGCAGCAAAUGACGAGCAUUUUCCAUUUCCUCGUUCGACACCCAGAACUGUUCUACGACUCCCGCGACAAGUACGCUAUGCUGAUCAUCACGUCGCUCAGAAAGGUUGCCGCACCUGCAACCGCGUCGAAUGAGUCAAAGAAGCUCGCCUUAAACAUGAUGUGGCUCAUCUGGCUUUGGGAGCAGAGGAGAGUGGAAGGCAAGGGUGAUGCCCUAGUACGCUCUCAAUCACAGUCGCCAAACUCAAAGAAGAGGAAGCUCGACGGUGACCAGCCCAUGUCGUCACCUCCUUCUGUGAAGCAGCAACUCGCGCCCAACGAUUAUCAGAUCCCUCCAGUUGGACGUCUCAAGAUGAUCCGCUAUCUGAUUGAGUUCAUCGCCCAGUUGAACGAACGGUAUCAGGUCCCAUCUGCCAAGUUCAAAGACUCGCCCACGCUGGCCGGUUUCGCCUCGCCUAGUGCAUCAUCAACUGAGCUCUGCAAGAAGUCCAUGUCACUUCUCUAUCAUCUGCUGCAACCUCAAUACUGGAGUGACCUCGACAUUGACCUCUUUCCUCAUGUCACUGAUGCCGUCCUCGCUAGUGACAGAACGCAAACUGUUCUUACGGCGGAUCCGAGCGAUAAGGAGAAGUUUGAUAACAAGUUCAUCACCAACAUCAUCAACACUCUGCAAGUCGUCCGGAUCAUUCUCAAUGUUAAAUCAGACGACUGGGUCCAAAAGAACAUGUCCUCUAUACAGAAGGUUCUUGACAAGUGCUUGAGGAGCGAGAAUCCGGAAAUCCAGGACUGUCUCCACGCUGCGGAUCCUGAGAACGAUGACAAUCGGGAGCUCAAGGCUAUCGUCAAGCGCGUUCUGGAGGCUGUUCCCGAAGAUGUCCCUAUGGAAGAUGCCGAUGCCGACGGUGAGACAGAGGCGCAAACUUCAGAAAUCAUCCAAGCUCUCUCCACAACAGCUGGAGAAGCUAUGGCAGCAGGCAACUACACUUCUGGAGUCAACACCUUGUGGUCACUUGGCAACCGUAAGCCAACAAUCAUUGACCAGCACAUUCCCGUCCUCAUGAAGGCCCUUCAGAGUAAGCUUGCACGUGAACAUGUUCAGCACUACAGCAUCGUCGCGAAUCUGCAAGCCGGCGGAGCACCUCCUAAUAGGGGCCCGGAUGCGCCACCGUCUGGCGAAAUGUCAACAUAUGACCUCGAGGUCUCAACAGCUCUCAUGCUCAAGGCUAUGCAGGUUGUCGCUCUCAGGAUGGAGGUCCUCGGUGACAACCGUCGCCCGUUCCUCAGUGUCCUGGCCACACUAGUUGAAAAGUCUAUGCACAUUCCCUUGUGCGAAGAGAUUCUCGUCAUGGUGGAGGGAUGGGUUUUCCGAUCCGAAGGCACGUGGCCGACUCUGAAGGAAAAGACUGCCGUUCUCCACAAGAUGCUCUCUUUCGAGCACCGACAAGAUCCCGCCAUGCUCACAAAGUUCCUUGAGCUCGUGAUUAGGAUCUACGAGGAUCCGAAAAUCACCAGAACCGAGUUGACUGUGAGGAUGGAGCAUGCUUUUCUCAUUGGCGCCAGAGCGCAGGAUGUUGAGAUGCGAAAUCGCUUCAUGGCCAUCUUUGACAAGAGUCUUUCUAAGACGGCAACUGCCCGCCUGUCGUACGUACUCACGGCUCAGAACUGGGACACUCUUGCAGAUAGCUUCUGGCUUGCCCAGGCCUCGCAGCUUCUUCUGGGUGCUGUGGAGCUGAAUGCCGCUGCUCAACUGCACGCCGAAGACUUUAGGACACUGCCGGCCAGCCAGUUGUGCAUGAUUUACGCCAAGGAUACCAGAGAGCCGGCAAACAUGGCGGACGACAAAUUCGACAACCUCAUCGCACAACAUCGUCGCUUCAUGAACGAAAUCGCGGAUGUCAAGGUCCGCGACCUCGUCGAGCCCCUCAGCCAGCUCCAGCACAUCGACAACACGUUGGCCCAUCAGCUUUGGGUGUCGGUUUUCCCAAUUUACUGGUCUGCGACGGCCAGAGAUGAGCGCAUUGAGCUUGAGCGUGGAAUCGUGACACUCCUGACGAAGGAUUAUCACAGCCGUCAAAUCGACAAGCGGCCCAACGUCGUCCAGUCGCUGCUGGAGGGCGCUGCGAAGGCGUGGCCCAGCUGCAAGAUACCGCCACACGUGCUCAAAUACGAAGCCAAGACGUACGAUACGUGGUACACGUCGCUCGUGCAGCUUGAGAAUGCAGCAAUCAAGCCGGAAAUGGAGUCUGCCAAGGUUCGCGAGAGCAAUCUCGAUGCUCUUGUCGAUCUUUAUGCGUCAUUGCAGGAAGACGACCUCUUCUAUGGAACCUGGAGACGCCGCUGCCAAUUUGUUGAGACAAACGCUGCCCUCUCUUAUGAGCAGAACGGCAUGUGGGAUAAGGCUCAAAAGAUGUAUGAAGCUGCACAGAUCAAGGCUCGAACUGGCGUCAUCCCUUUCUCGCAGGGAGAGUACAUGCUGUGGGAGGAUCAUUGGGUCCUCUGCGCCCAGAAACUCCAGCAAUGGGACAUCUUGCAAGACUUUGCCAAACAUGAAAACUUCCAAGACCUGCUCCUAGAGUGUGCCUGGCGCAACACGGAGAUGUGGCAGGACGGCAACCAACGAGAUGCAUUGGACACUCUGAUCAAGGGCGUUAUGGACGCCCCUACGCCUCGCAGGGCGUUCUUCCAGUCAUUCAUGGCCCUUCUCAAGUUCCACAACAAGUUGGAGACGCACGCCGAGUUCGCCAAAUCUUGCGACGAAGCGAUCCAGCUGUCCAUCCGCAAGUGGCACCAGCUUCCUCAGCAGCUCACAAAAGCACACAUUCCGCUGCUACAGAACUUCCAGCAGCUGGUCGAAUUGCACGACGCUCAAGUCAUCUGCCAGAGCCUGUCGAGCACCAACCAGUCGAACCUUGACGUCAAGUCCGGUGAGCUUAAGUUACUGCUUGGUGCGUGGCGAGACCGCCUGCCCAAUGUAUGGGACGAUAUCACAGCUUGGCAGGACCUUGUCACAUGGCGCCAGCACAUUUUCGGGCUCAUCAACCAGACCUACUUGCAACUCCUACCACAACAGGGUGGCAACCAGAACACUAACGGUGCUUCGUUCGCAUACCGCGGCUACCACGAGACGGCGUGGAUCAUCAACCGUUUCGCCCAUGUCUCUCGCAAACACAACCUGCCCGAUGUGUGUAUCAGCCAGCUGAGCAGGAUCUACACACUGCCCAAUAUCGAGAUUCAAGAGGCGUUCCUCAAGCUUCGCGAGCAAGCCAAGUGUCACUUUGAGAAUCCCGACGAGCUGACGAGUGGAUUGGAUGUCAUCAACAAUACCAACCUCAACUACUUCAAUCCGCCCCAGAAGGCCGAGUUCUACACGCUCAAGGGCAUGUUCCUGGAGAAGCUCAGCCAAAAAGAGGAGGCUGACAGCGCUUACGGUACCGCCUUGUACUUCGAUAUCACCGCGGCCAAGGCGUGGGCUGAGUGGGGCUACUUCAACGAACGAAGGUUCAAAGCGGACGCCAACGAUGUCAAUUCGGCUCGUCAGGCUCUGACAAGCUACCUGCAAGCUGCAGGAAGCUACAAGAACGCCAAAUCGAGAAAGCUCCUUGCGCGGAUCCUGUGGCUCCUCAGCCUCGAUGAUGCCACGGGGACCAUUGCUGCUGGUUUCGACGACUUUAAGGGAGAAACACCGAUCUGGUACUGGAUCACGUACAUUCCCCAGCUGCUCACAGGUCUCGCCUACAAGGAGGGACCCCGCGUCCACCAGAUCCUCACCAAGAUCGCCAAGUCGUACCCUCAAGCGCUUUACUUCCAGCUCCGCACCAACCGGGAGGACAUGGCGGUCAUCAAGAAGAACCAAGAAGCCAAGGAACGGGCCCGCCAGCGCGCCCAGUCGGCUGCGAAUCAGCAGGCAGCGCCUCUCCCUCAGCUGCGAGAAAUGAGACCCGCUCUCGUUAAGACCGAGGGCGGUGCCCCCAAAUCAUCGUCGGUGGCACCGGCACCUGCAGACGGCGGCACGCCCGCACCGGCAGCAACCCCAGUGCCCGCUCCCACCCCUACGCCUGCACCGGCUUCUGCGCCGGUACCGGCGCAAGCGGCUCAAGCUCAGAGUGACCAGCAGCAACAGCAGUCCGGGGCCGGCCAGAAGAAGCCGCCCUGGGAGCUGACCGAGGAGAUUAUGAGCCACUUGAAGUCUGCUUUCCCACUGUUGGCUCUGUCAAUGGAGACCAUGGUGGAUCAGAUCCAGAAGCACUUCAAGUGUCCUCCGGAUGAGGACGCGUAUCGACUGAUCGUGGCGCUGCUGAACGACGCUCUGGCCUAUGUGAGCCGUAUGCCUUCAUCAUUUGCCAAGAUUAAGCUUCCGUCGGCGACUGAGACGAACAUAACGCGGUUUGCCGAGACAAUUCUGCCUCCGCAUAUCAAGAAGUCGUUUGAGGCCGACUUUGUGCAGACCAAGCCGACGAUGGACGACUACAUUUACAAGCUCCGAAGAUGGCGCAACAAGUUUGAGGAAAAGCUCGACCGCCGAUCAACGCGUGUGUCUCUUGAGGCCUUCUCGCCGCAUCUCAGUGAGUUCCGGUACCAGCGAUUCGACGACGUUGAGAUCCCCGGCCAGUAUCUGGAGCACAAGGACAAGAACCAGGAUUUCAUCCGCAUCGAGCGAUUCCUGCCAAACGUUGAGCUCGUGCGGUCCAUCAGCGCCUCAUACCGGCGGCUCAAGAUCCGCGGCCACGAUGCGAGCGUGCACUCGUGGGCGGUGCAGCACCCGGCGGCGCGUCACUGCCGACGCGAGGAGCGCAUCCUGCAGCUCUUCCGGCAGCUUAACCAGACGCUCAACCGGCGCAAGGAGAGCCGGCGCCGUGACAUGCAGUUCACGCUGCCGCUGAUGGUACCGCUGGCACCACACAUUCGCAUCGUGCAGGAAGACACAUCGUACAUCACGCUGCAAGGGGUGUACGAGGACCACUGCCGGCGCAACUCGAUGAAGAAGGACGACCCAGUGCUGUUCACGAUGGAGAAGUUGCGGGGUGUCCUGGACACAAAGAACGCGGUAUGUAUCCGCGGCGAUGGGCAUCCAACGGACGCACGUACUGACCAAGCACAGAAACACGGAGAGCAGACGGCGACGGCGCGUCUCGAGGUGUUCAACGCGAUCCAGGAGAAGUGGGUGCCGCACACGGUGGCGCUCGAGUACUUCCAGAAGAUCUUCCCGAGCUUUACGGACUUUUGGCUGUUCCGUCGGCAGCUAUCCUACCAGAUGGCGGCGCUGACGUUCAUGACGUACAUUCUGUACAUGCACAACCGGUACCCGCAGAAGAUCAACAUUGCGCGGGCGUCGGGCAACAUUUGGGGCUCGGAGCUCAUGUCGUACAUGAGCGCGGGCAAGCCCUUCUUCCACAACCCGGAGCCGGUGCCGUUCCGUCUGACGCCGAACCUGCAGACGCUCAUGGGCCCGCUCGCGAUGGAGGGCAUCUUCAGCUGCUCGCUCAUGGCGAUCGCGCGGUGCCUGCUCGAGGGGGAGCACGAGCUGGAGAACGCGCUGACGCUGUUUGUGCGGGACGAGAUGAUCUUCUGGUUCACGAGCUCGCACCGGGCCGUGCAGAUGACGGAGCACCAGCUGCGCGAGUCGGUACAGGUCAACAGCGACUCGAUCGUCAAGCGGGCGACGAGCCUCGCGCAGAGCCCGGCGAGCAACCUGCCGGCCAACCAGACGGUCAUCGACCUCAUCGCCAAGGCGGUCAACCCGAUGAAUCUUGCGCAGUGCGACGCCCUGUGGAUGCCGUAUCUGUAA